UCCUCAGCUCUGCAUCCCUCCUGGGCAUCUCAUGCCCCGGCCAUGACGGCGCACUCCUUCGCCCUUCCCGUCGUCAUCUUCACCACGUUCUGGGGUGUCAUCAGCAUCCCCGGGCCCUGGUUCGUGCCGAAGGGGCCUAACCAAGGAGUGAGCAUCACCAUGCUGAUGGCCACCUCCGUCUGCUGUUACCUCUUGUGGCUCAUCACCAUUCUGGCUCAGCUGAACCCCCUCUUUGGGCCCCAGCUGAAGAACGAGACCAUCUGGUACCUGCGCUUCCUGUGGGAGUGACCAGCUACCUGCUUCCCACGCCAGGUGCCUCAGCCUCUGGAUGACCCCGGUUCAACAUCCCUGAUGACCCUCCCACCCAUGCCCUCCCCCUGCAGCUCUGAGCCCCCACUAUGGAGCCUGCCUGUGCUCGGGUGUACCAUCUUCCCGCCAGUCUCGUCCCUCAGGGCAAGCCUGUGCUCAGAGACUGGUUGUCGUAAGGCUGUCCUGCCCUUUCAUUCCC